AUGAAAGUCAGGGAGUCCAGCAAAUGCCUGAAUCCUGCAUCUCCGCAGGCUCCCGACGCUAUGGAUACUGGGAUGGCUUUGCCAGCCACUUGUCAAGUACAGAAUCUCUCGGACUCGGAACACCGCCAGAGAUUUGCAGCCCCUGUAACCAGCCCGACGAAGCGCUUCCGGAACGUGCAUUCCGGAGGUUCCAAGAUUGACGGGAAGAGGAGAAAAGUUGUGGACAACGGUGACGGGACAGUAGCCUUGUUCCUGAGUUAUGGCAACAAUUUGUGUGGAACUGAUCCUGCGGAGCAGACGCCCUUCGCCGAGCAGAGUAAUCUCUCCAUGUCGACGUACAUGGGUUCUGUGGAUAAGCUCUCGAUGCCGAUGUACAGUCCCCGAAGAGAGUUGCCAGCUGGUGGCAGACCAGUGGUCGGAUUGAGGUUGUCACAAGUCAUCGAGCCGACGCCCUAG